UAUAUCUCCUUGAAAAUUCCAGGUAGUUAUGGUCAUCUUAAUUAUUCUUUGAAUUUUUGUUGUGUUAUGAUAAAAUUUAUUUUGCAUUUAAGUGUACUUUUUAUUGUGUUUGGUAUUUCUGUUAUGGUACUGUUUUAGUGUUUCAUAGUUAUUAUUUAUUAUCAAGUCUUUACCUCUAAGCUGACCAAAAUUACUUUCUAUUGACUAAUAACCACAUGACCCGUAGUUUCAUAGCAAAACCUUUUGGGAUGAUGUGCACUAAUUACAAUUACUAGCUCAUUGCUUUAUAUUUGUUUCAGAUUAAUCCUGUGACGUUGUAGUAGCAAAAUCGAUUUUCAAGUGCCUUUGCGUUAAUUAUUCUCACUGUUACCAUUUUAGAAAUUCAUACACUAGAUGACUCGGUCACCUAUUGAAAAAAUAGACAGCGAAAAGAACACUGUGAAAAAUCUCAUGUUUUUAAUCACAAUACGUACUAAUUUAAAGGCGGUGCUUGUAAUUUACAUGCUGCCUUUUAUGAAAUUUACAUCACACCUUAAGAAUUCAAUUUUACAACAAUUAAGCUAUUAGUCUCUUUGGAUUGGUCGCAUUUAGAUGAAGUUCUAUAUCAAUUUGAGGACAAUUCCAUUCGAGCAGUCGAGUGAUAUCUCCAGUGAUGAUUUGGCCAUUUAUUUUGUUCACAUGAUGUAUGUUUAUUUUCACAUAGUCAUCAUACAAUGGAUGUACUUUAAAUAUUUAAUAGACGUCCAUUAUUGUUUUUAUUUGGCUGUGAUUAUACGCUUUAUCAAGUGUUUACACUAAUACAGCUAGUCAUGUCAUCAAAUCUGACUAAUAGUUCAUAAUAUUCACUUUUUAGUAUAGAUUAUGUUUGAAAUAAAGAAUAAAUAAUGUAGAUGCUUCAGUAUUAAUCUUCUUUCAGGGUUUUAGUCGUUACUGGAGAGACUGGGAGCGGAAAGUCUACACAACUUCCUCAAUACGUCUAUGAAGCCGGUUGGUUGGACUCAAAAUCCAGUAAUUUUAAUCCAUUUGGAGUUACCAUGGCUGUGACACAGCCAAGGCGUGUAGCUGCAUUAAGUUUGGCUACACGUGUAGCUGAAGAGAAAAAUUGGCGAAUCGGUAAACAAGUUGGAUAUAUCAUACGUUUUGAAGAAUGUUGGACACCAAAUUCAACCGUCAUCUCAUAUCUUACCGAGGGUAUGAUGAUACAGGAACUGUUACGUGAUCCGCUUCUCACUCGCUUCCGUGUAAUCAUGUUAGAUGAAGUUCAUGAAAGAUCUUUACAAACAGAUAUUUUGUUGGGUCUUAUUAAGAAAGUAUUACGUAAACGGCCAAUUGACUUGCGAGUUAUAAUCUCUUCUGCUACUUUAGAAGCUGAAAAAUUUAUAGAGUAUUUUUCAAAAAUGAAGAUACCUGAAGUUGAAACCGAAAAUCAAGGGCUAAAAUUAACUCCUGUUUCACAUUUAAAUGUGGAAGGACGUCAAUAUCCUGUGUCCAUAUUUUACUCACUUGAUCCCGUUCCUUGUUAUUUAUUUGCAGCUAAAGAGACUGUUUUUCGGAUACAUGAAACAAAACCAUUAGGUGGUGAUAUACUUGUCUUUGUCACAGGUCAGAAUGAAGUUUCCCAACUGGUUGGCAAUCUAAUUGAAGAAUAUCGGAACCGCAAGGAGCGUUUCUUAAAUACUCAGCAACAAAGUUCCAAAACAAAGUUACCUACUAACUACCCACCUUUACGUUGCUUACAGCUUCAUGGUUCCCUUCCUCAACAUGAACAGCUUCGUAUUUUUGAACGACCAACUCGGUCUUGUCGUAAAGUUAUUGUGGCCACUAAUGUUGCGGAAGCGUCAGUUACAAUUCCUGGGAUUUCUUAUGUGAUUGAUUGUGGCUUUUCAAGAAUUCGAGCGUAUAAUCCUGUCAAUGGGCUUGAAGCUUUAGUUACUAUACCUACAUCUCAAGCUUCAGCACGUCAACGUGCUGGUCGAGCCGGACGUACAAGAACUGGACAGGCUUAUCGGCUUUAUACUGAAGAGGCAUAUAAUAAACUCUUGCCACGUUUUACACUACCAGAAUCUUUACGUGUUGAUUUAUCUGGUGCCUUGUUACGCUUAAAAACGCUUGGUAUCGAUCGUUUAGCUCAGUUUGAUUGGCUCGAUCCACCACCUGCAUCACAUGUAGGUCAGUCUGCUGAACGACUUGUUGCUUUAGGUGCUCUCGAUGCUAGUUCUGGUCAUCUUACAAUUCCUCGUGGUUUAAAAUUAGCAGAAGUUUCUACAACGUGUGGUUUAGACCAGCCUUCAACUGCAGCUGCAUUAUUAGGUGCUUGUGAUGAAGGAUGUUCUCAGGAGAUUGCUGCGAUUGUCUCAUUAAUGCAAAUCCAACGAAUAUUUACGGUUUCUGAUUAUAAACACACAAGUGAUCGUAUUCGUAGGCAGACGUUCGGUUGUCAGCAAGGUGAUCAUUUAACAGAGUUAAAUGCAUUUGUUGCUUAUGAGAACCAAUCAAAAUUAUUGUCAAAGUCGGAACUUCGAACCUGGUGUCGAGAAGUAGGUUUAAAUGAACGUGGGCUAGCUCAUGCAGUUAUACUACGUGAUCGAAUUGGCUCCAUGUUUCAUCGUUUAAAAUUGCCUUGGGUAAAAGCAGAGCCUGAAGGAAAUCCUAAUCCAGUACUAAGGGCGCUUGUUCGCGGAUUUUUUCAUCAAGCUGCUCGUCUCGCUUCAUCUGGUUCACAUUAUUUAACUGUAAGAGGAGAUCAUCAAUUACGCUUACAUCCUAACUGUAUUUUAUACUCGUCUACAACACGGUGGCCUGCUUAUAUCUUAUUUACAAAUGUAUUUCUCACACCUAAUUUAGAUUGUAAUAAUGAUACUAAAUCAAAUAAUAAUAAUAAGAAUGACCUGUCAAGUACUUGUAUCAGUGGUGUCAGUGUUAUACAACCAGAUUGGUUGCUGGAAUUAGCUCCACAUUAUUAUCAAUUCGGUACAGAUAGAGAACAUUUAGAACAUUCUUUAGGAAUAAAAAAAUGAUGUAUAUAUUGGUCAAACCAACUAGUUAUAUAUAUAUAUAUAUAUAUAUAUAUAUAUAUAUAUAUGUAUAUAUAUAUAUAUAAUUUCCUUAUGUAUAGUAAAAUGUAGUCUCCAUAUUUGAAGGAAGCAAUCAGUUUUUGUUAAAAUUACAAGUGGUCGAUGGUUAUUAACAUUUAUGUAAAUAUAUUUGGCUGCAUUUCUUUGUUUUCUACCAAAUUAUUCUGUACAAAUCCAAUCUUGAGAUGUUUUGUAUUAAAUAAAUCUUUAACGGUUUGGUAUGAUUUCAUUAUCUUUUAUUUGGGCUAGAUUUAUUCGGCAUGUGUAGAAGUAAAUAUAUG